AUGCGUGAUAUGGAGGUAUUGAUGCUGCCGUCAUUUACCAUGGAAUCCAUGCUAGACACCAUUACGAAGCACCAAAUCACGGAAGUGCCAAUUGUACCACCCAUGAUUGUUCGACUUCUUAAUGAUCCAAAAGUGGCGCAGUAUGAUCUUUCCCAUGUUAAAACAUUCUCUUCAGGUGCAGCGCCAAUUGCAACAGAGUUACUUCGGCAGCUAGAAAAAGCUUAUCCCGGAACUGGCCUGAAACAAAGCUACGGGAUGACGGAGACUUGUGGCGCCUUAACAACCCAUUCCCUUAAUGAAGAGGGAUACAAGUAUGCGCAUACUGUUGGUACCAUCAUGGCUAAUACAGAGCUGCGGAUUGUUGAUACAAUGACAUCAUUUCCCUUGGGCUAUAAUGCACAGGGAGAAAUCCACGCCAGAGGCCCGCAAAUAGCCAUGGGAUAUUUAGGUAACGAUGAGGCUACUAACGAGACCUUUCCUCCAGAUGGUUGGCUACGCACCGGUGACGUUGGCUUCAUUGACAGCGAAGGAUUUCUGACCAUCACCGAUAGGAUCAAAAAUAUGAUUAAAGUGAAAGGCAUAGGUGUGUCUCCUGUAGAGUUAGAGGAUAGCUUGUUGCAGCACCCGGCUGUAGCGGAUGCAGCGGUUGUAGGUAUUCACGAGGAAUACUCGGGACAAAGACCGAAGGCAUAUGUGGUGAUGAAGGGAACAUCUGACGAUGGAGCAACUGGGGAGAUUUCUUGGCGCGUUGUGGGUCAGGAGCUGAUGGAGCUGAUCCGGUCUCAGAAAGUGCGUCACAAGUGGCUGUCGGAAGUUGAAUUCAUAGAUGCCAUUCCAAAAGUGCCCAGUGGUAAAAUACUCCGCAGGGAGCUUCUCGAGCGCGCAGAAGCAGGAGGCAUGCAGCAGAGAAGGAUUGUUCGGGAAAUUCAGUCAAGGGGGAAGCUGUAA